CUUCCAUUUGGCCACCAUGUUGCCAUGUUUACCGAGUCAACUACGAGUCUUCCAAGUUCCAAUUUUUCUGUGGUUGUGUUCGAAGAUUCUUAUAUCUAUAUAAGUUCAGAUUCUAGCUGUUAGCCUCCCCCAACAUCUACCCUGGGAUGCAAGGAGCAGCCAUGGCGUUCGUCUCGCAGCUGCUGCUCCUCCUGUCGUGCAUUAUCUGCCAUGCUCUCAUCGCCAGUGCAGCGGGUGAGCAGAGCUAUAAGAUUCUCUCGACGAGCUCGCUCAAGCCUCAAGCCGUCUGCUCCGAGCCCAAGGUGAAUCCGUCGUCGUCCACUGGAGCCACGGUGCCGUUGAACCACAGGCAUGGCCCGUGCUCGCCGGCGCCCGCCAAGAAGGAGCCUGCCUUCGAGGAGCUGCUCCGCCGUGACCAGCUCCGAGCCGGCUACGUCCAGCGCAAGUUCUCCACGAACCACCGCGGCGGCGGGCUGCAGCAGUCGGAGGAGCUCAAGGUGCCGACCGAGCUGGGCUCUUCCCUGGACACGCUGGAGUACGUCAUAACCGUCGGCGUCGGCUCGCCGGCGGUGCAGCAGACCAUGACCAUGGACACCGGGAGCGACGUGUCGUGGGUGCACUGCAACUCCAACUCCACGGCCGGGUCGACGCCCUUCGACCCUGCCAAGUCGAGCACGUACGCCGCGUUCUCGUGCGGCGCCCCGGCGUGCACACAGCUCGGCGCGGAGGCCAACGUCUGCUCCAACUCGCAGUGCCAGUACAUGGUCCGCUACGGCGACGGCUCCAACACAACCGGCACGUACGGCUCCGACACGCUGGCGCUGGGCUCGGACACGGUCAAGGAAUUCCAGUUCGGCUGCAGCCGCGUGGAGGAGGGGUUCGGCGACAAGACCGACGGGCUCAUGGGGCUCGGCGGCGACGCGCAGUCGCUCAUCUCGCAGACCGCGGCGACGUACGGCAGGGCCUUCUCCUACUGCCUCCCGCCUUCCCCCGGCUCCAAGGGGUUCCUGACGCUCGGCGCGCAGACCGGCACGACGGGCUUCGCGACGACGGGGAUGCUCCGAAGCGAGCAGGCCCCGACGUUCUACGGCGUGCUCCUCCAGGGCAUCAAGGUCGGCGGGGAUCAGAUCAGCGUGGCGCCCUCCGUCUUCUCCGCCGGGUCCGUGAUGGACUCCGGGACCAUCAUCACGCGGCUGCCGCCCACGGCGUACACGGCGCUCAAGACGGCGUUCAAGGACGGCAUGAAGCAGUACCCGACGGCGCCGUCCAGGAGCAUCCUGGACACGUGCUUCGACUUCAGCGGCCAGGACAACGUCACCAUACCCACCGUCGCUCUGAUGUUCGACGGCGGCGCGGUCGUCGACCUCGACGCCAACGGGAUCAUAUUCGGCAGCUGCCUCGCGUUCACGGGCACCGACGACGACGAGAGCACCGGCAUCAUCGGCAACGUGCAGCAGAGGACGCUCGAGGUGCUCUACGACGCAGGCCAGAGCGUCUUCGGGUUCAAGUCCAACGCGUGCUAGCUGCUCAUCAGCGCGAGAGCUCAGUGCUCGCGCGCGGGAAGGAAUGGUGGCUAGCUAGGCUGCUCUCAUGUGCUUGUCUUUUUGUUUGUAGUCGCGAGGUAAGGGACACGAAGUGGGCCAAAAUCAUCAUCUAGCAGACUAUUUAAUUUCUCUCUGAUAGCAGCAACUUGAUGCGACACAUGUGUAAUCUUUCAAAUCAAACGAUCAGGAUAAUCUUCUCCUAAAUUUUCAUUCAUAUAAAUAAAUAAAGAAAUUGAUUAAAUGAAGACUAAA